AUGAUACGCUGGAUAGUUCUACUAACUUUAAUUUCAAUUAAUUUUUGCGCGGCUCAAGAAGAGGAGAUUUUCACAAUCAAAAAGGAUGGAUUAUCGCCGUGGUCGCAGAUUUUGAUAACUCUUCCCAAACGCCAUCCACUUUAUAAGAGUUUUGUGGCAAAGUUGCAGGAUGUUUCGGAGAAUGUGUGAGUUUUUCUGGGCACUUUAAAAAUGUUCAAAUAUUGAUGAAUCAAACUAAAAAUGCACACUUCGUUUCAGGGCGAACAAAUAGAGACAGAGAGAGUGUGUAGAGUGCGAAAGAAAAAACCGCGAAACUGAAAAACCCGCGAAAUUUAAUUAUUGCUGGCAACCAGCCAACUGUUGGGUCCUGAAGCGAUGUUCCAUGAAUUCUCAUUUUUAAAAAAUGUUCGGGGUUUUUUGUGUCUGCGUCGCGUUUUCUCUAUUUGUUCGCUCCAACACAGGGUUGGAACGAAGUGUGCACUUACUUCACAAAAAAUGAAAAAUGUGGCCGAACUAUUUUGGUGGCCGAGAAAUGUCGGGAUUUCGGCCAAAGCAAGUUUUUUUCGAAAAAUUAAAAAGCGCGCGCUUUUCAAAACUUUGCCACGUCUAUUAUUCGUUUCAAACUCGAUUCAAACUCGUCCGGAUUUUGAAAAAAAAAUAAAUUCCUGAAUUUAAAAAAAAACGUAAAAAUUUUACGUGAAAUGCAAAAUUUCUUUCAUUUUUUCAUUUUCGAAUGAAACAUUUUUCAAAACUGGCAAUUUUCAAUUUUCAAAACCUGGUAGGCCUUUUUUCCAAAACCUCCUUUUUUUCAAAUUUUUUUCAAUUCCUCCCACAACUUUUUCUCAAUUCUUCCAGAUCCGACGAGAUCCGCGAUUCCAACAAAACCUUCGUCACAUCAGAUGAAUCGCCCUACUCAAUCCGAAUGCACGGUCUCCGGCCCGGUCAUCGAUAUUCCAUCUCAAUCUACGGUCAGAAAAGCGGCUCAACAAGUCUAAUCAAGGAGGAAUCGGUGACGAUGGACCCGAAGGCUCCUGAUUUCCGUGAUUCUGGCGCGGAUAUUCAAAUCGCCGAGCACAACAUCACAAUGCGAACUGUCAAGAAUUCGACGAAUCUUCAAGAUUCUUUUUCGAUCGAAUAUCGACAAAUCAAUCCGGAUAAGAAAUUCCCCAUUCUACAGAUCCUGGAUAUUGCGGAUCAGAAGAAUUUGGAGUUCUAUUUGGGCAAUUUGAAUGCGGGUUUCGAUUAUUCGGUGAGAGUUACGGCACAUAAAGAUGGAAUGAGUAGUCGGCCGUGGAUUACGACUAUCACAACCAGUAAGAUGUUCUCAAAUCUUCUCUAAUAUAUUUUUUAAUCUUGUUUUUUUUUCCAGAACCUUCUCCGCUCAAAUCACUAAAAAUCAAUCAGAACAGCGGGAAUUGUGUGGAAGUUGUUUGGGAAUUUGAUGAGUUUAGCGGUGCUGAUUUUUUGGCGCUACAAUAUGCGAAACAAAACGCGGAGAUUAGAAAUUCCACAAAUGUGAGUUGGGGGGCUAUUUUUGUCGCACCACUGAUUUAUUGUUUGCUCACGAGAGAUAGGUGCCAACACAAUGACAUUUUUUGUUGUUGAUAAGGAAGGCAGGCAGGGCAGGUUUUGAGAGGAGAUUGCUCAUUUUAGGAGGGAUUUGGAAGGGGUUGAGAAAGUUUUGGAACAUUUUGAAAAUUUUCAUGAACUCUAGUUAUUUUCAGAAACGUUUCUCAUGUUAGGAUGGAUUUAGAAGGGGUUGAGAAGAUUUUUUUUUGGGAAAUUCUGGAACAUUUUGAAAUAAAAAAAAAUAUUGCUCAUGUUAAGUUGAAUAAUUGAUUUUUGAAGACUUGAACUUUGAAAAAUGUGCAAGAACUCGUGAUUUCUUGGCUCAACCCUUCUGGAGCCAUUAUUUUCAGAAGCAUUGCUCAUGUUAGAUUUUUUGAAAUAUAAUUUACAUGUUCUCGAAAUUUUUUGAAAAGUUAUUGCUCAUUUUAGGAGGAAUUGGAAAGGGGUCAUAAGGUUUUUCUGGGGAGUUUUGAAACAAGGAACUUUUAAUUGCUCAUGUUAUAGAUUAUUAUUUUUUUUUUAGAAUCUGUUCCAGUUUGGAAGUUUUUUGAAGUUGAAUUUGAGCUGUUUCAAACUCUCACAUCUUCGGAUUUUUCAAAUCUUCAGUUCCAAUUUCAAUUCCAAUUUCCAGAUGACAAUCCCCUCCACCGAAACCUCGAUCUCAAUCUGCGACGCUCUCCAACAAGGCGAAGCCUAUCAAAUCAACGCAAUCGUCCAAAAAGGCUCGCAAAUCUCCGAUCAACUAAUCACCAAGUUCCAACUCCGCCCGUUGCCACCAAUCGAUUUCCGUGUGAGACCUGAUUUGAAGCGGGGCAAAUAUAAGAUGUUGGCCGAGUUGCCGACGACAUCGAAAAUCGAUAAAUGUCGGAUUACGGUAGCCGGUGAUGAAUUGGAGAGAAUUGUUAAUGAUGCGAAUAUUGAGCAGACAAAAUCUGGGCACAGAAUGUGAGUUAUCCUCGAAUUUUUAUGAAAGGGAAAAAAUGGAAACGCGAAAAAUAUUUAUUAAAAAAUUAUAUAUUUACCGUAGUUCUUUCGUCGCGACGAGACACACAUCUUUCAAAAAUCGAUGCGCCUUUGAUUUACAGCAAAAAAACUUUUUUGGUGUGUUUUGGUGGCUAUUUUUGAUCAAAACGAGGAAUUCAACUUGAGAAAAGUGAAUAAGAACUAAUUUUCGUAUUUUUCAGCCGAAAAAUAUAUUUUUCCUCAAUAAAACACCUGAAAAUCGUUUUUUAAAGUUUUUCUUGCUUUAAACAGGGUUAGUCCACUGUAUUUUUUUUUGCAAUUCGAGGGAGACGCAGACUUUAACGUGUGCAGGCAAAUCUCUCGCCGAAAAAGGGAGAGAAAUAGUGUGUGGCAGACACACAGCGUGUCGAGACCAGCGAGUGUCUGCGUCUCCUCGAAAUUGCAUUUUUCUAUCAGAAAAAAACACAGUGAGUCCGGUUGAUUUCUGCCUUUUGUCAUGCAAAAAAUCGAAAAUCCGAAAAAAAAAUACAGUAGUUUUUGAAAGGCGCAACAGCUGAAACACACAGGGUCUCGUCGCGACGGAAGAACUACGGUAUUUAUUUUUUUUCAAAAAAAAAAUAUUUUUCGCGUUUCCAUUUUUUAAACGUUUCUAAUAAAAAGUUUGUUUCAGAUGUUGGUAUAACUUUGGUUUAUCGCCUGGCGAACGCUUCGAUUUUUCGAUCUCCUCACUGGCCAACGAAUCCAGCAGUCAAAAAUUGCAGAAGAGUAUCGUUCUAUCCCCGGCCUUUGAUUUCAAUUCAUUCGGUUUAACCCUGCAAGAAGCCAACGGGGGAAUUGAAUUGCUAUGGCCGAAAUCGGAAGUAUUUAUGACACGUGUCAAGGAUAUUUGGAAUAAGGUUGUGGGCGCAAAAUCGAUGUUGAACAUGAGAGUAACACCAAUCAAUGAUGAAGCUGGCAAAUCGCAGAAAUUCGAGACGAAUCCAAAACACCUUGAACCGGUAUUUGUUGGUGAUUUGGUGAAAGGUGCGUGCUAUCGAGUGCAGCUCUACACUGUUACGAAAACUGGCAUCAUCUCGGAGACCCGACACAAUGAGACGAUUCGAAUGUCGAGUCCGUCGGUUAAUGUGAGCUUGGAGAGUGUGACGAGAACAUCGGCGACGUUGAGAUUGGCGUUUUCAACAGCGCAAGACACGCCGACUAAUAAUUGCCAAUUGCAUAUUAUAGUUCGAGAUAUGAAUAGCAAAAGUAUCUAUGACAAGCGGAUUCAACUCACCCAGAAUUUCGCACCUCUGCUGAACCUCGAUGGCUUGCGAUCUUUCCACAAAUACACGGUGAACACACAAAUCAUCUGCGGGGAUAACGAACCGGCAGCUCAACAGCAACAAUGCCCAGCUGCAACGAGAACUAUGCGACAACUAUCGUUCUCGACACGACAGGACAAACCCGGACCGGUUCAGCAGGUCAAAGUGGAAGCGCUGAAUUCCUAUUCAGUUAUGUUGAGUUGGCUGCCGCCUGCAUUUGCCCAAUGGUAUUUUGACACAUUUUGUUGUCAAUGUUACCAAACUGAAUUCCGAUGAGACAAGAUCGAUUGAUGUUGGUGUCACCUCAAAUCGAUCCGAUCAUGUGAUUCAAGUCGUCAUCGAUGAAUUGUUUGGGGGAAAUGUCUAUAACUUUAGUGUGCGAGCUGUUACUGAAGCUGGGUUCGGUGAAAUCUCUCCGAUUAUACCGACUGUGUCGAUGCCUUUAAUGCCACCGCCAACACCGCAAAUUGCACCGAUUGUGAUGAAGGAAAGCAUCAAGAGUGACCAUCUGAUUGUCAAAUUUCCCACCUCGAUUUUUGAUAAUCGAAAUGGUGAGAUUAAGCAAUACGCGAUUAUUGUUAGUGAGAUUUCGAAUGAUGAUUCUGUUAAUCGAUGGCUUCAAGUUGACAAUGGAACUUAUGUGAGUUUUUUUUUUGAAAAAAGAAGCCUUUAGCACAAGUGUAGAUCAAAAUUCCGCGAACGCGGCUCGAGCGGAGCGAGUGUAUCUCCCUUUAAAAGUCAACUUGACAAAGGGUAUUGUACCUACAGUAUUCCCGGGUUACUGUAGAUCGAUUCAAGACCCAAUAUAUUCCGGGAGACUGAAGUUAGUCACUUACAGUAACCCGAGUGCCUUUAGCGUGAGUGUAGAUCGAAAUUCCGCAUACGCGGCUCGAGCGGAGCGAGUGUAUCUCCCUUUGAACUUAACUUGACAACCUACAGUAUUCCCGGGUUACUGUAGAUCGGUUCAAGACCCAAGAUAUUCCGGGAGACUGAAGUUAGUCACUUACAGUAAUCCGAGCGCGUUUAGCGCGAGUGUAGAUCGAAAUUCCGCGUACGCUGCUCGAGCGGAGCGAGUGUAUCUCCCUUUAAAAAUUAACUUGACAAAGAAUACUGUACCUACUGUAUUCCCGGGUUACUGUAGAUCGGUUGAAGGCCCAAGAUAUUGCGGGAUACUGGAGUUAUUCACUUACAGUAAUCCGAGCGCCUUUGGCGCGAGUGUAGAUCAAAAUUCCGCGGACGCGGCUCGAGCGGAGCGAGUGUAUCUAUGUCCCUUUAAAAUUUAACUUGACAAAGGGUACUGUACCUACAGUAUUCCCGCGUUACUGUAUAUAGGUUGAAUCCCAAGAUAUAAAAAGCACGCAUAAUUAAUUAAUUAAUUAAUCAUAAUCUGAAAAAAAAACAAUUCCAGACUUGGCUCCAAGUGCAACGCUUCGACAUCUGGCCAUCAUACGUGGCAAAACUUCGAACCAUUGAUAAAAUCAAGCAAUCAGAUGAUGUCUCAAUUUUCGAAGAAAUUGGAGACGAUGAAACGUGUUCGGAUAUCAUUGCGACUGAUCGAAUCUGCAACGGACCAUUGAAAUCGGGAAGCAAGUAUCGAUUCAGAAUUCGACUCUUCACUUCGCCGAAUAUGUUUAGCGAUUCGCCAACGAGUUUGGUUAUUACAAUGAGUGAGUUUUGGGGGGAAAAGGGACCACCCGAAUUUUAGGCUUAGCCUUAGAACAUACUUGAGAACAAACAAUGUGAAUGUGAAUGAAUCUAUAAAUAAUUCAAAGGUGAUGACGUAGGAUGUACAUAUACAUAAGAAAAAAGUGCAAUUAGACUGAUUGAAACGAAGAGGCGUUGGGGGAUAAUUGUGUGUGGUAAGAAGAACUAAUAAGAGGAAAAAGUAUCGGGUUGGUUCAUAAUAGGGAAUGAAUGAAUGAAAAGAAAAAGGAGGAGGAGGAGCGGAAAUUGAGAAGAGUAUAUAAGGUUUUGUUAGUGUUUUCUGAAAUAUCUAUAGAGUUAUUUGAAGGUUUCGGUAAGUUCUGGGGAGAUUUUUGUCUUCAAGUUUGGAAAUUUUCAUGAGAAUCUAGAGCUCUCAGAGAAAAUUUCUGGACCUAAAAAGCCCAAAAAUCUGGAGCUUUUUUCAUGUGACAGCCUGAAAUCCAAAAGGGCCAAGUUCUACUCUAAAAUCCUCUUUUUCAUUGGCUUUGGGUAAGUUUUGAAUUUUGGGCUUUUUCUCAUCAUUUUGAGCUAAAAACCCCCAAUUUUUGAGAAUUUUGAGCUGAAAUUGUAUUUUGAAUCUGAAAUUUUGGCGCUAUUUUUUCGCCUUGAAAUGUGGCACAAAAUUGUAUUUUCGAAAUUUUCCAUUAAAAAAAAUAAAAAUUUGAAUUUUUCACAAAAACACCAGAUUUGCAUUGGAGCGCACUUGCAAUUUUUGAGUGAAUUUUAAUUUAAUUUCGUCUUCUAAUUUUUAGGUCAUGGGUUCGAUCCCGCUUCGAAGCAAACAUUUUUGUCAAUUUUUUUUCAAAUGACAAAAUUGCGUUUUGAAAAAAAUUAACAAAAAAGUUUGCCUCGACGCGGAAUCGAACCCAUGACCCAAAAAUUGAAAGACGAGCGUUUUAACCACUCGGCCACGCGUUCACGUUUUACUUGCCGAGGAAAAAAUGGUCCGAAUCCAAUUUUGAUCCAAAAAAAUGCGACGUGUCCAAAGGACAUACGUAGUUUUUUUGCUACCUCUGUAAAAUCUGUGCCCGAUUUUUUCCCACAUUUUUUUCUCAUUUCGCGUGAGAUUAUUACUCACCGUGUAGAUAUAUUUGUAUCCAAACCACAAAAAUAAAAUUCGUAGAACUUCCUGCUGCGCUAUCACGAAAAAAUAUACAUAUUUGCUCGAAAAAAAAACAAAUUUCCGUUUUUUUUGCGGCCUCCUCCCUGCCCCCCUCACACCUUGUUAUUCAUUAUUUUUUUUAUUUUUAUCAUGGGUGUCCCACGCUUUUCUGCUUCUGCUUCUGCUGCUGAAAAAACGAGAAAAACUAAUAAAAAAUAUCAGGGGGAAUGAAAUUUAAUAAUAAUAACGAAAAAAACGAGAGAACUUUUGGUGUUCAGUUUUUUUUUGAAUAUAAAUAUAUAUCUCUAUUGAGUGCUCUUUUUUUUGCUCACUGCGCCCACACACUUUUUUUUAUUAUUUUUUAUUAAAAAUUCCGCCAUUCUCCUCUCGUUUUUUUCCCGCUUGUUUUUCCGGAAUUUUCCAUUUUUUCUCUUGAAAAAUCGAAUUUCAAUUUAUUUAAAUAUGUUAAUCGUUGAUCGUUUCCGGAAAACAAUAUUUCAUUUUAUUUCGUGACGGCGAAAAAAUUAUUUUGAAAGAAAUUUGAGAACUGCCGGACUUUGUACUGGGAAAAUAAUACAUUUUUUGGGAACUUUUUGCAGUUUUUGAAAAGUUUCAAAAAAAGUUGCAUUUUUUGCAAAAAAUUCGGAUUUGAAAAUCUUUUUCUGAGCCUAGUCUGAGCCUGAGAAGCCUAAGUUUAAGGCUUGAGCCUAAGCUUAAGGCUUUAGCUAAGCCUAGUGCUUUGGCUAAGCCUAAGGCCUUGUCUAAUCCCAAGGCCUUGUCCAAGCCUAAGGUCUUCUAAGCUUGAGCCUAAGCCUAAGGUCUUGGUUAAGCCUAAGCCUAAAGUAUUGUCUAAGCCUGAUCCUGAGGAUUCGUCUAAGCCUUAGCCUAAGGUCUUCUCUAAGUUUAAAGUAUUGUCUAAGCCUGAGGCCUUGUCUAAGCCUUAGCCUAAGGUCUUCUCUAAGCCUAAGGCCUUGUGUAUGCCUAAGACCUUGCCUAAGCCUAAGCCUAAGGUCUUGUCUAAGCUUGAGCCUAAGCCUAAGGUCUUGUCUAAGCCUAAGGUUUUGGUUAAGCCUAAGCCUAAAGUAUUGUCUAAGCCUUAGCCUAAGGCCUUGUCUAAGCCUAAGGCUUUGUCUAAGCUUGAGCCUAAGCCUAAGGUCGUAAGUAUAAAAUAAUGCCCAAGCCUAACCCUAAGGUCUUGGUUAAGCCUAAGGCUAAGGCUUUGUCUAAUUAAGCCUAAGCCUAAGACCUCGUCUAAGCCUAAGGCCUUGUCUAAGCCUAAGGCCUUGUCUACCCCUAAGCCAUAACCUAAAGCCUUGUUCAUGCCUAAGGUAUUUUCUAAGCCUAAGGUCUUGUCUAAACCUAUACCUAAGCUUAACAAAAAUUUAGCACCAAAAUUUCCUAAGCUUCCAAACUUUCCCACGUUUUUUCCAACCAACAAAAAACCUUCACCGAAAAAAAAUUUAAAGCAAAACUUCAAAGAAACAGCAAAAAAAAUCAUUUCCGGUGUAUCUCUUCAAUUUUUUCUUCUUUGUUACUUCUUUUUUUUUGUUGGUUGCUCCUCCUACACGUCUAACUCGAUAAUCCCCUUCUCUACUACUAUUUUUUCUUCGGUCGCUUCUUUUUUUGCUUCGUUUUCUUUGGGCGCACGCUCCUUUAAGCCCCGCACACAUUUUCGCAUUUUUUAAUCCUUUGUUGGAAACUCUUUAGCUUAUUAUUUUCCAGCGAGAGGAGUAAAAGAUACUGUGGAUUUUAUUGGACUUUUUUUGGGUGGGAAAAUUUUGAAUUUGAAAAUUUUUAUUUACAGAAAUCUGAAGUUCCCAAAAUAAUUCACAAAUUCUGAAAAUUUGGAUUUGAAAAAUAUGGGAAAAUUUGAAAUUCUGAGAAUUUUCCAAGAAACUUUGUUAUCAGCUGAAAUAGUUUCAGAAUUUUCAAAUUUUAAAUAAUUUGGAAAAAAAUGAGAUCUCAAAUUUUCUAGGCUGAAAUUUUUGCUCAAAAAAUUUCAAAACUGUUGAGUCUCUUGCGAGCUUUAAAAUUUGAUUUUUAAAAAAAAUUCCAAAAAAAAUUUUUAAAGACUCUAAAUCCAGAGCCCUAAAAGAGCCUAAGCCUUAGAAUCCAGGGCUCUUAAUCGAAAGACUUGACUCCAGAACCCUAAUUUUAGAGCCCUAAAGCCUAGAUCACUAAAGCCUAGAGCCCUAAAUCUAAUACCUUAAAAUCCAGAGCUCGAAAGCCAGAGCCCUAGACUCUGAUCCCACGCAUUUCCAUUUUAAAUCUCUAAACCUACCGUAACCCUGAUCCUCUUCUCUAAUUAAAAAACUCUGCAAAAUUAAAACACAAUUUCUAAUUUCUCCUUUUUUGUUAAAUUUUCUCGUUAAAUGUGUCAUCUUCUUGUGUUGUUUUCGCGUUUUUUUCUGAUUUCUCCUUCUUCUUUUCGUCUUCUUCUUCUUCUUCUCAAUUAUGAGUAGUUGAGAGCCCAAAAAAAAGAAGAGCUCUGUGAGCUCUUCUUUUCAGCCAUGAAGGACACAGAAAAAAGAAGACAGACAGAGAUAGAAGAAGAAGAAUCCACCCACCCACCCACUACUUUUUUCUCUCAAAAUUUUUUGCUCGCUGCUGCUUUUUUGCUUGAAAAAAAAUUGAGAAGAAGAAGCGGAAAAUCUUGUGUUGUUUUGACAUAUGUGAGAACAACAUAUGAUAAGACGGGAGAAUUUUGAGAAGCACCGGAAAUUGUUCGUGUUUUGGACGAGUGCCAGGUGCUGGGUGGCAGAUUUUGAGAUUUUAAUGGUCUCUGGCUAGGAAAAUUGAAGGUUCUUGUGAUUUUUCUGAAAUUUUUCAUAAUUUUAAGAUUUUCCCAAUAUUGAAACUUUUUGAGCUUAAAAUUCUGAUCUGAAAAUAGAUUUUCAAGCUCGAAAUUGUUCAUAAUUUUAAGAUUUUCCCUUUUUUUUGAAAAUUUUUGAGCUUAAACCUGUGCCACGUGGCAGAUUUUAACGUUCCUUGUGAUGUUUCAUUGACUAGAGAAAAUUUUGUUUUUUUUUUGAAUUCUGAAAAUUUUUGAUCCAAAAUUUUCGGUCUGCAAGAUUUUUCUCGAGUUUUGGAGCUAACUUAUUUGGCUCAAAAAUAGUUUGAUUUUUGAGGUGAAAAUUUGCUGAAAAUACGGAAUUACCAGAAGUUCUGGAUUCCAAAGUUUACCGCUCUCAACAGAAACUGUGCCACGUGGCAGAUUUGAGGAUUUUUAAAGGUCCCUUGGAAAAUUAAAGGUCCUUGUGAUUUUUCAUUUUUUCCAGAAAAUCCAUGCUUUUUCUGAAUUCUGAAAAAUUUUUUAUCUAAAGUUUUUCAAUUUUGAAGAUUUUUCUCAAGCUCUGAAGCUUUCUGAGCAGAAAAUUUGCUGAAAACACGAAUUACCAGAAGUUCUGAAAUCUCAAAGACCUUCUGACAUUUCAAAUUUCUUCUCACGUGUAGGUAUAAUUUUCCAAACAAUCCCACAAUUAAAAUUAUACGAAAAAGUGCACACCGCACCUCAAUCUCAACCCACAUAAUUAUUAUCUGAUUCUGAAAACUCAAAGCUCAACGCCCCGCCCAUUUUCCAGCCAACUAUAAAAAUAAAAUCUUGGUGUUUUCAGAUUCAUCGACACCUUCUCUGAGCCUCUUCACCGUCGCUCUUCUGUUGGCUGUCAUUGUUUUGGCUGGAAUUACAGCCACUCUAACACUUUGCUUCUGGAAUCGCACCAAAAAAGCGAGGUUGGUUGGUUUUUAUGGAUUAUUUGUUCAGCUUCAUCGCGAUUUUUUCCCAAAUGUGUUUUUUUCCGAAAAAUAAAAAUUCCCUAGUUUUUCUGGCUACCGGAGACCGGUCUUUUUGAACAAAAGUAAGAAGAGAAAACAAGUUUUCUUGGGGCAGAAAAAUAGAUAUUUAUAGUAGUUAUUUAUGAAUUGUCGCUGGUUUUUUUAUGGUAGUUUUUAUUGUUUUUUUUCUAGUUUUGGCUGAUAAUCCAGGGUUUCUACGCUUAGACGGGGCUUAAAUUAGGUCUCCUGCGUUUUCUAAUGUUCCGUAUGUGUCCGCAAGCUUCCGCGGAACUUUCUACUGUAAUGUGGUCAGGCCUACGCGGAAGCUUACGGUUCACACCGCAAGCUUCCGCGCAGCGGCACUGUCAAAACCUAAGCCUAAGCCUAGAACUUAGGCUCGAACCUGAGAGAAGCCUAAGCCAGCCUGAAGUUGCCCACCUUCCACCUCUCCAAAUUUCCAGACUCGCCGCCGACGUCUACAAAAACGGACCAUCGAAAGAGAAGGAAUCGCAGUGGGCCGCGUUGAAAAUGAUGAUGGCCGAGAGAGCCGCCGAUUGUCUCGCCAAACUUGGACUCGACUCAACGUCAUCCACAACACCACCACCAUCUUCCGGUUCUCCAACAUCGACAGCCUCGUCGACGACCACCGUGGAUGGUGGACAUCAUUUGGGAGCGCCGAAUGCGUUUGGAAGCGGACAGCAUAGACGGUGAGUUUUUGAAUCGGCAAAUUCGGAAAUUUUGAUUUUCAGCCUCAAGUUGGCACUAAACUUAUUUUUAUCUACAAAUUUUUUAAGACGUUUUACGUUCAAAAAGUCGUAAAAUUUGAAAACUAAAUUCCGGAAUUGGAAAAUUUCCGGCACUGGCCUGAGUUCAAAUGAAACUCAAAUUGAAUUUACUUAAUUCACAAAAAAAUGAAGUCGAACAUGAAUUUCAAAAAAAAUGAAUAUGUGGCCGAUAUUUUGGUGGCCAAGAAAUAUCGGGAAUUCGGCCAUAGCAACAAACUCGCUCUAAAUGUUUGCAAAAAUUCUCAGCGAGUUGGUUGCUGGUGGAUUUUUUGGGUGGGAAAAUUUUGAGAAUCUUAAGUCAACCGAAAAAAGAUGUAGGUUUUCUGAGCUUGAAAUUUUUCUUCAAAAAAUAUAAAGUUUUCAAAAUAAUUCACAAAUUCUGCAAAUUUUCCAGGAACUCUGAAAUCAGCUGAAAAAAUUUUCCAAAUUUGAAAAAAAAAAUGUGGGAAAAAUUGAGAUCUCAAAUUUUCUUGGCUGAAAUUUUGACUCAAAAAACUUCAAAACUAUUGAUUGCGGGCUUUUAAAAUUGAAAAUUGCAAAGAAUUUUUUAAAGAAUCAAAAGCCCCAAAUCUAAGGCCUUAGAAUCUAGGGCUCUAAUUUCCGAGCCCUAUAGGCCCAAAAGUCUUUUCAUUUUUUCUGAAAUUUAUGUUCAACUUCAAUUUGAGUUUCAUUCAUAAAUAUUUGAACAUUUUUAAAAUUUCUCAAAAAAUUUAAUUCAUUUUUUUUCAGAACUCGAAGUCUACGUGAGAGAACUGGUGUUGAACAUCGUUUGGAACGUCUCUCAUCCGGUCCGAUCAAUAGAACACCCCUGUAUACCGUAAUCUCCGGAGUUAACACAAAUAAAAGUCGACCUGUUCGAAUUGCCGACUUCGAAGAGCACGUUCGAAUGAUGUCUGCCGACUCAGAUUUCCGAUUCUCUGAAGAAUAUGAGAUGAUGAAAAAUGUUGGAUGUGGCCAGAGUAUUCAUGCGUCAGAAAUGGCUGUGAAUCGCCCCAAGAAUCGAUUCACCAAUAUUCUACCGUAUGAUCAUUCGAGAGUUCGGCUAACUUCACAGGAUAAUAGUCCGGGAGCGGAUUAUAUCAAUGCGAAUUAUAUGCCAGGAUUUUCGUCGCGCCGUGAAUUUAUCGCCGCGCAAGGUCCACUUCCAACAACACGCGACGCAUUCUGGCAAAUGACUUGGGAACAACAGUGUCCGGCGAUCAUUGCGCUCACAAAAUGUGUGGAGAAGGGUCGCGACAAGUGUCAUCAAUAUUGGCCGGAUUCUGUGAAUUCGCCACAGAUGUAUGGCGAAAUUGAGGUGACAUUGAUGGCCGAGAAACAUUACGAUGAAUUCAUUAUUCGGGAUUUGCGAUUGGAUCGGAAAGAUGGGGCGGCCAGUCGAAUUGUUCGACAUUGGCAUUAUAUGGCGUGGCCGGAUUUUGGAGUUCCACAACAUCCGAGUGGAAUAUCGCAAUUUGUCAAGAUGUUUAGACAUCAUUUACCACCGUCGCCCAAUAAUUUGCCAACUAUUGUGCAUUGCAGGUGAGUACCAGAAAAUCCACGCUUUUUGACACCAAAUAAGCCUAGGGUUACUGUAGAAAUACACAUUUUGUAGAUUAAAAAUUACUGUACCCCGGAAAAUCCACGAUUUUUGACAUCAAAUAAAUUCAGGGUUACUGUAGAAGUACAAAUUUUGUAGAUCAAAUAUUACUGUACCCCAGAAAAUCCACGUUGUGAGCCUAGGGUUACUGUAGAUUUUAGUGCCAAAUUUUAAGGUUUUGUAGAUCAAAAUUUGAAAAAUUCAUCCCACGUGGAUUUUUAACUCUUCUCAUUUUCAAAUUUGAGUAAUAUAAGCUUUGAAGUACUGUAUUUUUUGGCGGGUAAAAAUUGAUUUGAACUUUUUUGAAAACAAAAAUUGAUCUAGAGCUUCACGAAACGUGAAAAAAAUUAGGCCAAAUAUUCUGAGAACUUUUGAAAAUCCACGUUUUUUGACGCCAAAUACGCCUAGGGUUACUGUAGAAAUACACUUUUGUAGAUCAAAAAUUACUGUACCGGAAAAUCCACGUUUUUUGACACCAAAUCAGCUCUGGGGUACUGUAGAAAUACAAAUUUUGUAGAUCAAAAAUUUACAAGAAAAUCCACGUUUUUUGACAUCAAAUCAGCUUAGGGUUACUGUAGAAAUACACACAAUUUGUAGAUCAAAUUUACGAAAAAUGCCACGUAGAUUUUCAGAAUUCAUUUUGAAAUUUAAAGAAACUCGCUAAAUUUAGAACCCCAAAAAAAUCCCGAAAAAUGUACGUUUCGCGAAAAAUUGAAAACAUUUUGCCUUAUUUUCAUCCUGAUUUCUUCUUUCGCCGCUAUUUCAUAAAUCAAUAUUUUCAGCGCUGGAGUUGGUCGAUCUGGAACAUUCAUCGCCAUCGAUCGAUUAAUCCAAACAAUAGCUCUCGAUUCGCCAAUCGAUGUUUUCGGAAUUGUUUGUGAAAUGCGAUAUGAAAGAUGUCAAAUGGUGCAGAAUGAGGUAAUUUUUCGUGAAUUUUCGGCUGUAGAUUUCAAUCUGAUUUUGUUUCCAGCAACAAUACAUUUUCAUCCACAUUUGUCUUCUUCACAUUCUCAAAGAACUUCAAACUGGUCACAUCAAUAAUGCAUAUGAUUCUUGUACAUCAAUUGCUGAAUCAGGAUUUUGA